CGCCAACUAGCGCGGCAGAACUGCAGGGCCAGGCUAUGGAGUCCUCCACAGAGACACACACCGGGACACACGAACUGGGCGUGGUCCGCCCAGCGAGUGGCAGCUACGACCAAAAGAAGCAGCUCUUCGCAGAAGAUGUCCUGAGUAAGGAGUGGACAAGUUUCUAUGACUUGAUGCCAGACACAGAGACUCCUUUCCUGCAUUCAACGGAUGGAAGAAAGCCCCUGAGCUUAAAACAAUUGAAAGAAUUUGUGGUGAGCGACCAGGUCGAGGUGCUUGGACUUGGGCGCGAGGACAGAUUAUGUACGGCAAUCCCCAACGGUCCCGAAGCAGCCGUGUGCUUCUUCGCUUUUGCAUUAAGGUGCACUUUCGCCCCUUUGAACAUUGGACUGAGCCGUGAUGAGUUUGAGUUUGAAUUUGCGGACCUUCCAGCCAAGGCGCUGGUAGUCCAGACCAAGGACGGUCUAAGUGAGGAAGAUCAGAAAAACACGGGCAAUGCAGUGAGCGUGGCCCGGAAAUGCAAGGUUGAGAAGCUGUUGGAGCUGACCCCUUCAAAGGAGGUGGCAGGUCUCUUCCAGCUGACGAAGCAUGCCGCCGGAAAGCCUUUGAAGGGAGAUGCCAUGGGAAAUCCGUUGGCAUCUGUGAAACGUGACCAGCUGGCCCUGGUGCUCCACACCUCCGGCACCACCAAGAAGCCGAAGAUCGUGCUGCUGACGCAUGCAAACAUUGCCUGCGGUGCCAAGUGCAUUGCAUCCACUGUUGAACUCCAGCCAGAACACAUUUGCUUAAACACCAUGCCGCUUUUUCACAUCCAUGGUCUCAUUGUCAAUAUCUUGGCUUCAGCAGUGGCGGGGUCGCAGGUGGUGUGUCUCCCUGGAAUCUUCCAGGUACAGAACUUCCACGCAGGCCUGGUUUCCGAACCGGCGCCAAAUUGGUACUCUGCAGUGCCGACUAUGCACCUGCAGAUCUUGCAAUUUGCAGAGGAAGUGGCGAAAGAGAAGGGCAAACCGCCUGAGAACAAGCUGGAGCUGGUGAGAAACUGCUCAGCGGCCCUGGUCCCCACCGUCGCUUGUGCCAUGGAGGAGGUCUUGAAGGUGGCAGUGAUGCCAACCUAUGCCAUGACAGAGUCGAUGCCGAUCGCCUCGAAUCCUCGCUACGGAAAGCGAAAGCUGCGAUCUGUUGGGAUGAAGGCCGGCCCUGACAUGGCCAUCAUGAACGGUCACCCAGACAACAGCUUUAUGAAGGUUGGAGAGGAGGGCGAGGUUGUGGUCAAAAAUGGACCAGUGACCAGCGGUUAUGAGUUCAGAGAUCACAUGGACGCCAAUCCCAACAUCGAAGCUUUUGGUGAUGGUUGGCUCAGGACGGGUGACAAAGGUUGGCUCGAUGCUGAUGGAUAUUUGUACCUCUGUGGACGUUUCAAGGAAAUCAUCAACCGAGCUGGCGAAAAGAUUUCUCCUUUCGAGGUGGAAGAUGCGAUGAGAGCAAACGAUGCGUUUAAGGAUUGCAUCGCCUUUGCCGUGCCCCACAAGUCCUUGGGUGAAGUCGUCGGCAUUGCAGGGGUUUUGAAGGAUGGCAAGUCGAUGACAAUCAAAGAGCUUCGCAGCUGGUGUAAUAAGAGUGACAAGCUGCAAACCAAGUGGAUCCCAGAAAUGUUGGUCACUAUGCCCAGCAUCCCAAAGGGACCCACUGGAAAGCCAGCAAGGAUCAACCUAGCCAAAAAGCUGGAGCUGGAGCCUCUGGAAGGCGUUCCGAAGGACAUGGAACACGCUGGACUUUAGUCGGCCCUUGGGCUCGACCCCCCCAGCCACCUGCGUAGCUGGGGAUGGCAGACAGGGCUGACAAUUUUUGUAGCUUUUGCCCAUCCCUUGAUAUGUACAGUGUUGAAGCUGUACAGACAAGGGUGACCCAACCCCCACAAAAAUCAAAGAGCGUUGGGCUGCGGCCAAUUCGCUGCGCGAAAUCUGCUUGGGCGGAUCCAUGCUCUGAGGGGCCCAAAA